UAGACCACAAGCGUAGGAGAGAUAUCAUAAAAGUGUAGAGUUUGGAAUUCAGACAAUUAUUGGCUUGAAGUGUGAAGUCAUGGAAGAGUUCUUCAACCCUUCAGGAACUUCUCUUUUGGUACCAUCGGUUCAAGAGUUAGCUAAACACAAUUUGUCUAAGGUUCCACAAAGAUACAUUCAACCUCAACAACAUGAAGAAAUUGUGGUCAUCUCUAAAGAAGUUAAUGGUGAUCUCGAGAUUCCAGUUAUUGACAUGCACAAAUUGCUUUCUCAAGAAUUUGGAACUUCAGAAUUGGAUAAGUUUCACCUUGCUUGCAAAGAAUGGGGAUUCUUUCAGUUGAUAAACCAUGGAGUAAGUUCAUCCUUUCUAGACAAAUUAAAGUUGGAGAUUGAAGACUUCUUCAACCUUCCAAUGUCAGAGAAGAAAAAAUUUUGGCAAACCCCACAACAUAUGGAGGGAUUUGGACAAGCAUUUGUUAUGAGUGAAGAACAAAACCUUGAUUGGAGUGAUAUGUUCUUUAUGACCACCCUUCCACAGCACUCAAGAAUGCCCCACUUAUUUCCACAAUUCCCUCUUCCAUUUAGAGACACUCUAGAGCUUUAUUCACAAAAGAUGAAAAAUCUAGCCAUGGAUAUUAUUGCCCAUAUUGCAAAAGCAUCGAAGAUAGAAGAAACUGAAAUAAGAGAAUUAUGUGAAGAUGGGCUACAAAGUAUGAGGAUGAACUAUUACCCUCCAUCUCCUCAACCAGAAAAGGUCAUUGGCCUCACAAAUCAUUCAGAUGCAUCAGUUAUAACUAUACUAUUACAAAUUAAUGAAGUAGAAGGGCUCCAGAUAAAGAAGGAUGGCAUGUGGGUCCCUGUUAUUCCCUUGCCUAACGCUUUUGUUGUUAAUGUUGGGGACAUCUUGGAGAUUAUUACUAAUGUUAUAUACCGAAGUAUUGAACACCGUGGAACAGUGAACUCUGAGAAGGAAAGAGUUUCGAUUACAACAUUCUAUAGCCCAAGACAUGAUGCAGUGAUAGGUCCUUGGCCAAGUUUGAUCACUAAACAAACACCACCACAAUUCAAAAGAAUUCAAACAAUGGAGUACUUCAAGAAUUUUUUCGCACGUAAACUUGAAGGAAAGGCUUACAGAGAUGCCUUGAGAAUAGAGCAUAAUCAUGAUUAAAGUUAAAAAUAAGUAGAAGAAAAAAAAUAUAUUUGCACUAGUUGGGUUGAAUGUGAACAAUAGAAAGUUAUAUAUGUUGAUGACCUAAAAUAAGUUUAUGUGAGUUAUGUGUGUAGUUCAUUAUAUCACUGUAUGACUGUAAAGGGAAAACUACUCCUUUGUUGAAGUUUAUUUUGUUAGUUGAUCUAUAGAGACCUCAAGAAGCUAGUUGCUACUACUAAAAUGUGAACUUACUGUGUGGAG